CCGAGGGAGGCGGGGUUUAAGGAAAGUGCUAGUGCGCAUGCUUUGUGGGCCCACACCAUGGGGCCCACAUGUGCGGAAGAUCACCGGAUGUUCCGGUUUCUUUUCCACAUCCUCCCUAGCUGUCGAGCCAUUUUGGCUUCAUGCGCCAUUCAACAACUUUCAUAAAAUUGAACGGAGCCCGCCUCCAAACCCUGCUUCGAGUACUCUUCAUACAUCUGUGGACAUAGCAAGAAGUUCACAACAGUUGAAAAUGCCCUCUUGUGUUGCCUUCAACUGCAAGAAGCGAACAGCUGAGAAAGGAGCCACGGUUUCUCUUUUCCGAUUUCCUCACCAUGAUAAGGCAAGGAUGCUUAGCUGGGUCCACAACAUAAACCGCAAGAAUUGGAUGCCGUCCCCAGACUCACGCUUAUGCGCUCUACACUUCACAGAGGAAUGUUUUCACCCUUCCUGUGGGAGAAGCCUGCUGAACUCAAAUGCUGUCCCAACUAUUUUUGCCUACCCCGGUGUCAAUACAUCAUUCAAGAAACCUGCAGUUAGUCACACAUCAUCCAAAACACAAGCGGUAAGUAUGCACACAGAGAUAACUGACACUGUCAACUUUGAUCACCCGUACUGCUGCAAGCCUGUGAGUAGUCCUACCCCCCCUGGCGAAGUCGCACCAUCUACAGACGUAACCAAUGUUGUGGAACCAAUGAACUGCAGCACCACUGUGACCACAAAUCAGAACAGUGUUAGUGUCACAGAAGUAUCAGAUGGUCAUGGGUCCACAGCCCCUCUUCAAAACGUGACAGUAGAAGAACAAACGCCAUUUGGGAAUAUCCUUUCGGAAACUGCUAAAUCUCCAGAUGCACAAAUAACAAUUCGAAAAUUACAAAUGAAAGUUCAUAACAUGGGAAGGAAGUUGGUCAUCAGCCGCAAACGUCUGAAAGUUGAAAAACAGAAGAGCAGACGAUUAAAUACGAGGAUUUCUUCUUGUUCUGCCGUGAUCCAAGAGCUAAACCAGAAACUUGGACAAAUGAAAGAAGAGGCGUUGGUAAUGGCUAAAAACAAUUCCAAAAGCAAUCCCAAAAGUAAGCCUAAAAGCAAGCCUAAAGGCAAUCCUCAAAGUGAUCUUCAAAGCGAACCUCGAAGCAAGCCCAAAAGCAAGCCUAAAAGCGAUCCUCAAAGCAAGCCAAAAAGCAAGCCUAAAAGCGAUCCUAAAAGCAAGGUACCAUGAAACAACUUAGAUUGAUAUAUCUUUUUGGUAGGCCUUUAUUUUAGGCUGUGAAAUAUAUAAAAUGGCUCCUUUCCCCGUCCAUAGCAGUACAUCACUUAGCUUCCUGCUGGUACUCCUUUCUGUGUCUCCAAACUAUGGGCUUGCCAACCACCAUCUACUGUAUGUAAUACACCGUCUAUAAAUAAAUACCGUAAACAAAUCCAAGCUAUUCACUUAACCCGGCAACAAAACAAAACCAGGAUCAGAAAAAUUAACUAAAUCAAAAUGUGAUGUGUCCAAGGAUGUUCCCUGUGCCUUUGCCCUGCUUGUUAGCCUGGUUGCUACUAGCUGCAACUGAACCAACUUUAGGGAAAGGUUGGUUGUGAACUAAAAACAACAAAAGUCAAUCUGUCAAUCUUUUUAAAAAAACUUCAUAAAUUCGACCUCUGCCUAAUCCUAUUGGUCAACAUUUGUCCUUUUUGGCUCCUCAGAUUAUCUUAACGGUCUCACAUACUUUGAACCGGUGUAACAGAUUACAUUUCACCCCAAAGUCUAGUUUGUACGGUUCAGAUGUAAAAAACUAAUGUACCAAAAAAUGAAAGUGGACAGCUAUUUAACACAAGUAGCAGUCUGCGAGUACAGUUGUAUUGACAUUGUUUCCAAACUAAAACUACAGUAGGCAUGAUGUGGUCGACCUCUUUGUAUAGGCUUGGGAUUUUGCAUUGGCACGCUUUAGCCUCUACUUCCUAGCCUGAAAUGGAGGCAAAACUGUUUUCGCAUUUGUGUGUUCUUUGUGUUGCUGUGUCAUUAUUUCUUAGAUAAAGAGGGCCAUAUCAAGUGCUAACUAGAACUGUCCUUAAGGUUGAAGGUAAGGACGGGACAUCGGACCUUGUGGUAUGCAUACCUAGACAGGAUCCAUUCCACAAGGUGCAGAAGACUUUAACAUGGUGGUGCAAAAAAGUAGUUGGUGAUCUCAUGCCUAGGAACGACUAAGUAAAGGGAUAACUUGAGUGCAAAAACGACUUUGAUUCCACCACAGACUGACCAGAUCCUGAACUUUCAACCACAAACAAGAUAAAGUUUGUUACUGAACAUCAGGACGCGUAAUAAACACAUUUGUUAGGGUACUGCUAAUCUGGCCAUGCACAUUUGCCAUUAAUAGAAAUGUCUGACUUAAUGUUAGUCAACAACAACUUCAAUUCACUCAAUGAUUCUGAAUACAGCUUCAUCUCAUUAUUCCUAUUUGGCUGGUAUGAUUUGGGUGAUGAGUUCAUCUAAACUAACCAAGGUUGUUAUUUUGUUUGUCAUCACUUGCCUCCUUUCCCAGAAAGAAGCAGUUGAUUGUAUAGUGUUAAUAGUUCAUCUAUGUCAUUGAUAUUCAAGUGUCAAUCACUCCAUUCUACAUAGGGUACUGAGGGGCACAUUUGGUAGAAUAAAGAGUGUAAUUCACAAAGCACUCGUAAAGAACGAAAUAUUUAUGGCUUUACUGUUCUGCCAAGCAAAUCAUUUUGUUGACGCUACUCUGCUGUCUGCGCAUAUUUUAUUCGUUAUAUGCCGACAUUUGCUGCAAAAUAUAACACAGCUCCAUUAUAGAAUUGAUGACGUAGAAAUAGAAAUUGCUUUACAUCUUUAGACAUUCAAGACUCAUUGUUAGAAUCAUUCUGUUUGCACAACAUUCUGACCCAACCUCUGUAUUCAACAUUUUGGAAUAACAGUUGUUCUGACAUCUCCAAAAUGUAUGUUACUUCUCCAUCAUCCAUUUGUGAAUGCGUUUGAUGAUAAGCUGUAUCUGAUUUAGUCCAAGUCCAUAUCCAAGGUGUUGUGUAAUUAUAUAGUGAGUACGUAAGAUCCACAAAGAUUUGCCAAAAUUCUGAAUACGUGAUGAUGCUUGCUUUACUGCAGUACAGUUACAAAUGAGUUCCUGGUAGUACAAGUGGGGCUCGAGCCGAACAUCAUCCUGUUGUAGAUAGAAAUUCACAAACCUCGUGAACAACAAAUCUUUGUUGAAAUUGGCAGAAGACUUAGUUAACCUUAGCUGUUUGCAGCAAGUGGGGUGUGGCGCCAUAGAGUUGCUCUAUGGUCAUUUCAUGCUCUAUUCAGUAAAAUGAAAAUUGGGCAAAGAUCAGUUAUAACAUUAUCAUGGUGAGUUCAAAUGUGGUCUUAUACAAAUAUUUUGUUUACAGUUUUAAUGAGUGAAAUUCACCAGCUUAAUGCUUCAACCACACACUACUGACACAGCAUAGGAAAACACAUUAAAGCCGGUACAUACUUUCCGCAUCUGCUGCAGUCACAUACGUGCACGUGGUUCCACUUCGUAGUACAAUUGAGGGUUUGCGUCCGCAGGGCAUUCAGGCAUAUUGCUUUGUUUUGCCAGAGUUCAACGCCUUUUGGAUCACUUUGAAUGCCUUUUAAGACUAAUUAUGUUCAUGUUGAUUGCAGCCUUAACACAACGUUUCUUUAAUACAAUCACUCCGUUGGUUCACUUCUUCUACUUAGCAAACAAGCUAGACUGGAGUGUGGAACAAAACAGGAGCAUAAGCUGUUUUACGCGUAAAGUACGCUCAGUCACACAGUCUUGCUGCAAUCGGACGGUCCAGUGCACAAGCCGAAUGACCUAUUUGGUCACAAGGACCUUAGCAUACCCUCAAAGACACGCAGACACGAAAAGUAUGAAUUGGCCUUUACUAUAGCCAAAUGAGUAAUAACUUGUUAGGCUCAUUUGAUGUAACCAGUGGUAAAGCAAAAUCAGCAAGCUAGCUUACUAGCACUUAUUAGCUUUUACAAAGGUUAGAGAAAAUGAGCUUGAUUGUACGUUUGUAUUACUCCAAUGACAACAUAAAACAGUUCAAUAUAAAUUGUAUUCCCGUUUGAUUUGAUAUACUAGUUGCACUAACUGUAUUAAUAGGGCAUUGGGGAUCUUCUUUAGUGCUACAGGAGUCAUGCUUAAAACCUGGAAAUGUGUUAUCAUUAGCUCUCACUCAUCUUAAAGUCAAUGGCAUUGUUGAAUUUGUAAAGAUUGGUGGAUGUUUGGUUAUGUUGCUCAUAUUUCUAACUUCAACUAUACAACUCAAAAACAUAUUUUGGUAGCAACUGAUAUUUAUGACCACUUCCCCCUGUUUAUGGCCACUUUCUCAACGAAGGACCCAAAGAAAACCGUACUUUCUCUGGAAAAUCAAAUGUACAGCAUUUGUCAUGCUGAGCUUCCAUGUUUGAUAAAUGGAAUGUUUUGGUUCGACAUAUUGAUUUUAUAUCAAGAAUGAAACUAAUGCUGAGGUUUGUUCGGCUGCAAUGUAUAUCUACAUAAAUACCUUUUUUGUUAUAAUAAGGAUAUUAUCAUCUAUUCUUUAUGAAUGUUUGAUUCAUUUUUGGUUCAGGUUUUGUUCAGUGGUUUAUAUCAAGUUUGGUACUGUUCUGCAGCUGAGCCCUACUUUCAAAUAUGUAAGAGAAUACAAAAUGUGAAGUAAGCGAUAUAAACUGUAAUUCUAUGAAAGUAAAAAAAAAAAAAAAAAAUCAAAGUUUUACAGAUGGGAGUGGGCAGCAGUUCACAACAGUGACACCAUACCCCUGGACAGGUGUCUAAAAUAACUUUAAGCAACCCACAGAUGGCUCUCUUCCUCCUCUGCUCGUCCUGCUUGUGCUGCAUGUCCUCUUCUGCCUCUGGUUGCUCAGGGCGACACAAAGGGAUUUUGGUUUCCCGGACUGCUUCACCACUGAGCCACCUGGAAGGACGCCUCCAGCUCUGAUACACGCUGUAGGUCUGCAACAAGAAACUCCUGAAACAUGGAGACUUUGAGAAAAGAUACUCCUCAUCCAACGAGGCCUGGAAAAGCUGCCACAACAACCCCUACCUGAGCCUAAAGAUUGAUCCAGCACCGUGCUGAGAGAGACAUGGAGAAUAUCUCUUUGAGCCCCAUGGGAGCUGUCGAGGUCCCUGAGAGAGCCUGCUGCCACUCCCGCCAGCGAAACUCCUCUGUCUCUCACAACCGUUCUGUUUUCACCAUUUGAUGUCAGAUGCUAGACAUUUUCCAAACUUACAAAAGUGUUGACUAACACGUUUCAGACCAACAUGUCCAACUUGAAAAAUUCACAAUUAAUAUUUGAAUUUCUUUACAUUUCUUUGGUGCUUUUUUAACUCAACUGCAGAACAGUGCAUUGGCCAAUUCAUUUGACCAAACAAUGAUAUCAGUCAAUUAUUUCACCUGUUUACACAAUCUGAGCUUUCAUUCAUCUUCCAUUAGUUCAUCAUUUUCGUUCUGUUUUGACAUUGAGUUGUGAAGUUAGAAGUGGAAUAAACCGUUUCAUAUAUAAA